GCGAACGGCGAGCAGCGGCGGCGGCGCGGAGAAGCGCAGCGGAGGUUUUGCUGGUUUCGGACCCCAGCGGCCGGAUGGUGAAAUCCUCCCUGCAGCGGAUCCUCAACAGCCACUGCUUCGCCAGAGAGAAGGAAGGGGAUAAACCCAGCGCCACCGUCCACGCCACCCGCACCAUGCCGCUCCUUAGCCUGCACAGCCGCGGAGGCCGCAGCAGCGAGAGUUCCAGGGUCUCCAUCAACUGCUGUAGUAACCUGGGUCCAGGGCCUCGGUGGUGCUCCUGAUGUCCCUCACCCACCCCUGAAGAUCCCAGGUGGGCGAGGGAAUAGUCAGAGGGAUCACAAUCUUUCAGCUAAUUUAUUUUACUCUGAUAAUCGGCUGAAUGUAACAGAGGAACUAACGUCUAAUAACAAGACGAGGAUUUUUAAUGUCCAGUCCAGGCUCACAGAGGCCAAACAUAUUAACUGGAGAGCGGUGCUGAGCAACAGCUGCCUCUACAUCGAGAUCCCUGGCGGCGCUCUGCCCGAGGGGAGCAAGGACAGCUUCGCAGUUCUUCUUGAGUUUGCUGAAGAGCAACUCCAUGUUGACCACGUCUUCAUUUGCUUCCACAAGAACCGCGAUGAUCGAGCCGCCUUGCUCCGUACCUUCAGCUUUUUGGGCUUUGAGAUUGUGAGACCGGGGCAUCCCCUUGUCCCCAAGAGACCUGACGCUUGCUUCAUGGCCUACACGUUUGAGAGAGAGUCCUCGGGUGAGGAGGAGUAGUGUGAUGACCCUGGGGCCACUCGGGCCUCAGUUGCAGUCCCUUGCGUGUGUGCUUUGCGCCGUGCCUGGUGCGGGUGGUGUGAUCAACUGCGCUGACCAGCGUCAGCCUGCUCACCUGCUGGUUUGUCCGCAUGUUGUAAUUGUGCAAAUAAACGCUCACUCCAAAUUAGCCGUGUAUUUCUUGAAGUUUAAUAUUGUGUUUGUGAUACUGAAGUAUUUGCUUUAAUUCUAAAUAAAAGUUUAUAUUUUACUUUUUUAUUGCUGGUUUAAGAUGAUUCAGAUUAUCCUUGUACUUUGAGGAGUUUCUUAUUUGAAAGUCUUUUUGGAACAGUCUUAGGUCUCUUAACUUGGAAAGAUAGGUAUUAAUCUACCGUUCUAUUGCUCUCAGAAAUCCAAAUAAAAGUGAUUAUCCCUCUUAAGACCUGUGUUGGCUUGAUGGUGUUGAUGGGCUCUGGGGC